AUGCGACGCACGACAGUCGCUACUACUAGUACGGCGACCUUUGAAUUCAAUCAAGAGUACAUUGGCAAGUUUUCGUCUUACACCGAUCUUGUCCGGCGCACUGCAUAUUGGUUACGCUUCAUGACGCUUUUGAGAACUCCGAAACAAGAGAGAAAAGAAUUUACGUUUCUGUCGACGACGGAACUGAAUGAAGCUGAGAAUAUUCUGGUCCGCUUGGUUCAGAAAGAGGUUUUCGCAACGGAAUGGAAGGCAUUGUCUGAGCAAAAUACUGUUCCGAGAAGAUCGCCGUUAAGGUGGUUCAACCCAUUCAUUGCAGAAGAUCAGCUGAUUCGAUUAGGUGGCCGGCUGAAGCAUUCAAUGGAAACCGAAGAGACAAAGCACCCGGUAGCUCUGCCUGCCAGACAUCAUUUUACACGACUGUUGCUGCGUCACUACCACGAACGUCUAAUGCAUGCAGGGCCACAACUAUUGUUGAGCGUCGUUCGGUUGCGAUUCUGGCCACUGGGAG